UAUUUUUAAGAUAUUGAGAAGUAGAAAUUAAAAACAUGGAUUUAAUGUCUUUUAUACCAGAGUUUGUGAUAAAGCCAACAGUGCAACGCGAGAUCAUACAUACACCACCCAUAGAACAUGUUUGCACCGCGCUGCCGAGAGAAGAUCCAUUAAUGAAAGUGAUCCCCGGCAGUUCUGUUUGGUCGCGUUUACGACGUUGGAUCGUUCGAACGCGCAUGGCAUCGCGGAAAUAUUUGCUCAGACGAUGGGUCUUGAAAAGCAGCCUUGAAAUCAAUUACGAAAUCAAUCGGCAUUUUGACACCCAUCCCCUUAUGAUACAUCCUUACAGUUCCUUCAGGUUGGUUCUAUCUUUUUUUUUUUUUUAAGUAUUGCGGUUUUUCAUGUAUGUAUAAAUACGUAGAUACGAAUAUCAUUGAUCACAUCUACGUUAAAGUAUAAAUUUUGAAAAUAAUAUUUCUUGUCCUUUUUCAUACUCAGAAUAUUCUGGGAGUCCUUUAUGACGUUGUUUAUUAUAGCGGCUUUGUUAGUGACGCCGGUUUUUCUUGCUUUUUACUUUGACGAAUAUGAGAAGUGGUACAUUUUUAAUCACGCGAUUGACGCCGUGUUCAUAUGCGACAUAGUGUUCUACUUCUUCACCGGUUACUACGAUCCUCGCACGCACUGGAUAGACUUUAACCCGAAGGUCGUAGCAAAGUACGCAAAAAAAAUGACACAUAAGUGGACAAUUGUAGGUUUUACAUGUUAUAUUGUAUAUUAUUUGCGUUGUAUCGGAUGAUAAAACUAAUACACAAUGUGUUAAUAAUCAAUUAAAAAAAAAAAAAAAACAGAUUGUCGCAGGAUUUAGUAAGACAUUUUGAAAACAUUUCUCUCUAAUUAAUUCAUUGCAGCACUUAUCUGCGGGGAUUUUUCAUUGUGGAUAUAAUAUCCGUGCUACCGUUAGAAUUUCUCAUUGUGUUCAAUAAAUCAUUGUGGUACCUGGCGUCGCUGAACUUGCUAAAAAUACUGUGGAUGCGAACUGUCGUUAUGUACUCGCGCAAACUCUAUUAUGCACACCGAAUAAAUUUUUAUCUGUUCAAAAUAGCAGAGAUAGGAAUUAUUAUCGUCCUGUGUGUACAUUGGGCCGCUUGUCUAGAGUAUUACCUGCCAUUGAUAGUUGGCAAAAUAUUUGGACCAAAUGAGAAAUCGUGGAUUCGAUCAGUUUUUGGAACAAAUAAGAAAACAAAACUCACGCUCUACUUUGAGUGUGUUAACAGGGCUGUUACCUCGUUAGUUGGAUCCACGCAUUUUUUCCCCGUGAGUACAUUCGAGGACAUGCUGCUCAACUUAAUCCUCUCUGUUAUUGGAUUUCUUGGAUUCAUUUACCUGUUAGCUCGAUUAGCGCAAUUGAUAACCACGUUCAACUCCACUCGCAAGAGACACUUGAAAUUAAUUCAGCAACUGGAACAGUACAUGAAACAUCACAGAUUAUCGCAUCCCGUGCAGCAACGAUUACGCGCCUAUUACAAUUAUCGCAAUAAAAAAGGAUUCGAGAGAAACGAGAAAAUCAUCGAUUACGUGUCGCCUUAUUUGCGAGAAGAACUUCUUCAGCACAACUAUCAGCAACUGCUGAACAACGUAGUGAUGUUUAAACACAUGCCGAAAACGAUAGCAACACAACUGAUCGGCUGUAUACGUUCCGAGAUCUUUAUGUCGAACGACGUGUUGGUCAGAGCUGGCACAAUCAGUGAUGCAUUGUAUUUCAUCGCUUCUGGCACCGUAGCCGUGUAUAACGACGUAGGAAAGGAGAUAUGCCACCUGGAAGACGGCGCGUCCUUCGACGAACUGGCCUUGCUGAUGGAGAACGAGCUCAGAAUGGCCACCGUCGUCGCCGUCGAGAAUUGCGAAGUCUAUAUCUUGACGCGCGUCGACUUCCAACGCAUCUUUAUGUUUUAUCCCGACAUCCGGAGUCAAUUGCAGAACAUCGUCCUCGCGUCUGUGGAGAAGAUGUCGCCGCUUGAAAGAGAAUCGUCCUCGACGUUGUCCAGAAGCAUUAACAUCAGCAGCAUAUUGAGAAGAAAGAGCAGAGGAGAUGUAUCAGGCAGCGACGGAACAGGGCAACAGUAAGGUGAAAGUUUCUUCGAAACCUGGGACAUCCUGGCGCGUGUUUUCCCGAAGAAGACGGGUUAUUCGAGACGCGUCCGAACGGCGUCCAGUCCUCG